GCGUUCUGUUCCUUUCGCCCUCCCUGCACUCCUGGCUGCUCUUCUUCGCACGGUGUUCAUGAUGAGGCUGGUAUAGGUUCCGUAUCUUUUGUGACUCAAGGCAUUUGGGCUUGCGAGGGGUGUGCUUCGCUAGGCAGGUCGUCUUGGCUUGCCCCGUUGCUACAGUUUCAAGUAUACAUCGAACGAAGGAUGGCCAUCCUGAACACUUUCUUCAGUUUGACUACAUGGCGACUGGUCCGACCGGUCAGCCUGCACUUGCAGCCCAGCUACCUUCAUAAUGGACAGAAGUAGGGCAUCAUAACGAAUGCUGCACCGAGCCCAGAGGAAGAGUUCAAGACAUUCCUGCAAACCCACGACGACACUCAGGACUAUGUCGAUACAGGCAGCUCCGGAAUCAUGGUCGACUCCGUUCACGGGGACGGCGGCCCUAUCCUCGUCGUCUACCUGACUCACCAAGGCGCAAAUCCCGCUAUGACUCUCGCGGAUGUCCAGGAGUUAAUUUGGAAUGUGCCCGGUUUCAACGACUCUUUGUACCACUGUUCGUGGCACACGGCUUGGCUCUCGUCCUCCAACGUCGACUUCUUCACUAUGGAGUCUACCGAGGACCCAGCGACUUGGGGAACAAAUCUUGGAUCGCUCUAUGACAGUGUGUCCUCUCAGCCAUUGUAUCAAAUGCAGGCCAGCACCAGGAGUUACAUUCAUACGAUGGUGAUUGCACCCGGAAGCUCUUUCGCUGCCACCGCUUACUUCCCUACCACUGGUGCUUGGAACGGGUGAUCUCAAUAUUACGCUGGCGCCAUUACUUGGAACACGUUUCCACGAGCUCGGGCACAAUUGGGGCCUCCACCACGCAGGAGGCUACAAAAGCGACGGGUCCUUCGAGCCGUACUUGGACGAUGCGGUGAUGGGCUAUCAGCGGUCGUGGCGGCACUCAGACACCAAUGCGGUGGCGCGCUAUAGGCUGGGUUGGCUCACAGGAGCCGAGGUCGAGGAGUUCGUUCGUGGGUCCAACCACUUGACGGUCAACAUCUCUGCUCUCAACCAGGGGCCGACUGGUGCACCGUUCUUGAUGGUGAAAAUCCCGUGCGAUGAAUGUGUAGGGAAUAGCGCGUCUGUAGCAGGUGUGGGCGCUCUCUACCUCUCCUUCCGCACGGCCGACACGCCAGCCUUGUACGGCAUCGACGACGCAGGGACUGUCUCCAUCUACGACAAGUUUACCUUUGCGUAUCUGACGUUGGCCGACCGCCUCCACGUGCACUUCCAGCCCAACGUCAAUCAGAUGACCGAGCUGUGGACCACACUGGCAGCGGGAGAGACGCUCGAAAUCGCCGGUGCCACUUUGUGGAUUCACGUUUGCAGCAUCGAUGCCGCGAGCCAUGCCAAGGUAGGUGUCUCAGACACCAGCGAAGCCCUAGCGCAGGCAGGGUGCCCGUUGGCAGCGCCGACGCCCAUCCCGACGCCCCCACCAACGCCCCGCCCGCCCCUUCCGCCCACCGUGCUGUUGAUGAAGCUGAAGGCGGGCUCUAGCACCUUCCAGUACGACGCCAGUUAUUGGACAGACACUUCAGUGUUGAACGAAGUUGGCGGCGCUUCCGUCAGCGAUUCGGAUGACGAGGACGUCAAGAUGUCGGCGUUCAACACACUUCCGAUCUCCGUACUUUCGUUGUGCUACAAGACAUUGGACAAUUGCUAUACCUACGAGCUGGGCGCGAUGUACACCAGCGCGCAAUUGCUCUUCAGCUCUGGCUUCAUUCGCAGCACCAAUCUGGGCAAUGAAUCUGGAGCCGCAGCAACAGCGACACAGGACUGGACAUAUUUGUUUAUGCCGCCAGGAACCCCAACUUGGCACGAUGGUUUCUGUAAUUGAAAUGGAAGUGGCAAUUGCGAUACGCAGAGGCCUAGGAUCAACACCCAGUGCAAUGACAACAAUGGGGCACACAUCGGGUACUGCGUGAACCUCCCUGACCAGUCUUGCCAGUCCUCGGACAGCAGCGAUGCAGACUCUUCUGUUCUGGGCCCCCCUGGCGGCGCCUCCGGCGCCGCCUCUGGCGCGCUCCGCGCGCCAGGGAUGGGGUGGGUCCAGCACAGAUCCAAGAGAUCCGCACGGAGCGCCAAAAGUUUAUGUUUAUUGCGUUUUUUCUUCUUCUCAGUUUCGUUUAACCGACCCCCAUCCCCAUCCC